AUAAUAGUAUCACACCAUUACAACAAAAUUCUAUUACUAAUAAUCAUCAUCUUAUUCCAAAUCAACAAUUACGUCAUAAACUUCUCGAAAUGAUUAAUGAUCGACAAUUAGAAUAUGCAUGUCUAAACGCUCUUGGUGAAAUACAGCGACCAUUAGAGCAACCUCAAUCAUCAAUUACAUUACCAUUAAUUCCACCGACCCCAACAGUAGCCAAAAAAUCACCGUUUAAUAUUACUUUAUUUAGUUUGUAUGUUUGA